ACAGGCACCGCAUGCCAAACGCUCUUCCUCAAACCUCAGCCUGGGUGAUGAUGGUGAAAUGCGGCGAUUGCGCUCCAGACAAAACGAUGAAUGGCGAGUUCAAACGAAAAGAAGUUCAAAAGUCCGGCUAGGGGGACCGCAGACAAAGCCAAUUUAAACAGACCAGCGCUCUCGGUGGUGCUGAAACAAGCGGUUUUAAAAACAAUCCCUCCUCCCUUCAAAAGUCCCCAAUUUUCACAUCUGCCAUCACGUUUAUGCAGAGACUUUCAAGAACUCGAAAGAAUCUCCGAAAGAAGUGAGACCACGCUACAGAAUAUGAGUCACGUCAAUCAAAAGGGACAACCAGAGAGCAGUCAGAGUAGAUGCGCCAGAGGGGAGCUGCGCGUUCAUAGGGGAGGGACGAAUCCAGUCAAGUUUGGAUUCAGGAGCGCACGGCCACAACAGGAGCGACGGCGCCGAGGGAGCAACGGAACAUUUCCCCAUGCUGUUCCACCAUAUUCAUUUCCGUCUUUGCCUACACUGACUGCUUUUUUUUUCCUUUGCGUUGGGGGGAUCCCAGAAGCGCGCCAGAGGGAAUGAUGAAGCCUUACGUGAGGUGCACUUUGCUGCUUCUUCUGGUCGAUUUACAGACUCAAGACUGCCUCGCAUCGAAGGCGGAGGACCGGCUGUUCAGGAAGCUUUUUAGACGGUACAACCAAUUCAUCAGGCCAGUGAAGAACGUUUCCGACCCUGUUACCGUAGAGUUUGAGGUCUCCAUCUCGCAGCUCGUUAAAGUAGAUGAGGUCAAUCAAAUCAUGGAAACAAAUCUAUGGCUCCGACAUAUUUGGAAUGACUACAAGCUAAGAUGGAUACCGGCAGAGUUUGAUGGAAUUGAAUUCAUUCGAGUUCCAUCGAACAAGAUUUGGAGACCGGACAUUGUUCUCUACAACAAUGCUGUAGGUGACUUCCUGGUGGAGGAUAAGACCAAAGCACUGCUGAAGUUUGAUGGUACGAUCACCUGGGUUCCUCCUGCCAUUUUUAAAUCCUCGUGUCCGAUGGAUAUCACCUACUUCCCUUUCGACUAUCAAAACUGCUCAAUGAAGUUUGGUUCCUGGACUUACGAUAAAGCCAAGAUUGACCUGGUACUCAUUGGAUCUAAGGUAAACCUGAAAGACUUCUGGGAAAGCGGGGAAUGGGAAAUCAUUGAUGCUCCAGGCUACAAGCAUGACAUCAAGUACAACUGCUGUGAGGAAAUUUACCCGGACAUCACCUACUCCUUCUACAUCCGGCGCCUGCCACUGUUCUACACCAUCAACCUCAUCAUCCCCUGCCUCCUCAUCUCUUUCCUCACAGUGCUGGUUUUCUACCUCCCAUCUGACUGUGGAGAGAAGGUCACGCUCUGUAUCUCUGUCCUGCUCUCCCUCACUGUGUUCCUCCUGGUUAUCACAGAGACCAUCCCCUCGACGUCACUGGUCAUCCCUCUUAUCGGAGAGUACUUGCUCUUCACAAUGAUCUUUGUCACACUCAGCAUCGUCAUCACCGUGUUCGUGCUGAACGUGCACUACCGCACGCCGAUGACCCACACCAUGCCGUGCUGGGUGCGGUCCGUGUUUCUCAAAGUGCUGCCGAGGAUUAUGCUGAUGCGUAGGCCAAUCGAUGAGGAGGGUAAGGCCGGGUGGUUGGACAGCAGUGGGGAAGCAGGAGGAGCUGGAGGGGGAGGAGGAGGCGGAGGAGGGAAAGGAAGGAGGAAGCGAAAGAAUAGCUUGACCCAGCAGGUCGGAGGAGGAUCCCUCAACUGUCUGGAAGUUGGUGGGGAUGGUAAGCUCGCGGCCAUAGAGGGCUGCACUGGCAAGAAAUGUCCCUGUCCCUGCCAACAUGUGAGGGAGACCCCAGAAACACCAGAGUCUGGAAACGUGCCUCGUCAGCUGAGUCCACAGAACAUCAGCACGGUGAUGGCCUUCUCCGUGGUGUCCCCUGAGAUCAAACAGGCCAUCGAGAGCGUCAAGUACAUAGCUGAGAACAUGAGGAGCCGAAACAAGGCUAAAGAGGUGGAAGACGAUUGGAAGUACGUGGCCAUGGUGAUUGAUAGGAUCUUCCUCUGGGUCUUCGUGACGGUGUGUGUCCUGGGAACCUUGGGCCUGUUUGUCCAGCCCCUCUUUGGUUUCGUCUCUUAACCUUUGUAAAACCCGGGGUUAUCAGCCUCAUUGAGACAAGCAACACCAAAAGACCACCAAUUUAUCAGUUAACCAACUGGAUGUGCUGGUUCUCGUUAAUAAAAUCUAGCAAAGUUGAUAAAGGGGAAUUUUAAUUAAAUUUGUUGGUUUGCUACAAUAUGGUAACACACACUGUAAUGUGGUAACUUUAUAUAUCUGAAGGCUGAUGAAAUUUACCAAUGGGAAUAUCUUUAGAUCUAAAGGAAUGUUUUAUUGGUUAGGGUCAUUUUCAAUAAAGUAGGGGACGGUGGUUCCUGCAAUGCUGUUUGUUGAAAAUGUUUAUCUUCAGUUUGUUGGAGAGAGCAUUACUCAUCAAAUCUGCUCAGGUUACUAAAAAAAGGUGGGUUUAGUGUGGGCCUUUAAAACUGAUCUUUCAAAAAUUAAUUGAUCAGUUCUCGUGUCUGAUGCUUUAAAUGAGAUCUGAACAUAUACCAUAAUCUGAGGUUUACAAACAAAACAAAUGACUUUGACAGAUGUUGAGAUCAGCAGCACAUUCAGUGAUACUUAAGGACUUGAACUUUAUCCAAAACUUGCAAGUGAAUUGGAGAUAUUUAAAGCCAACAAAUGACAACAAACUCCCACUACCACACUAAACUCAGCUAUACAUUCACAGAGUAAAUAACUGAUGACUUUAAUAUAAGCUGCUCAGUCUGAUUCUCCAAGCCGCUAUUGUGACAGGCAGAUCUAAUUAUCGCUUUUCUGGAUAAUGUCUUGUCUAAUUUUACAUUUCUAAAAUUCCUUGCACUGCUUUUUAUUUUUUCAGGCAGUUUAUUUAUUUAUUUAUUUAUUUACUGUAAUCAAAAAAUGUGUCAUUAUAUAUGCCAUGUCUGGUUAUUGUUUCAUAAGAUAAUCGAAUGGCCUUGUAAAUGCUCAGUGAAAUUAUGCUUGAUUAGUUUCUCUUAAAAUAGCAUCUCAUUUAUGAUUUCAUCAGAGGACUCUUAAUGCCCAAUUCCAUGGCUAAUAAUUAAACCUUUUUUUCUUGUCGCUUAGGAUUAGUCUCAUUACUGAACGCAAAAGUGUAUAAGAUGCAUGCACAAGAAAAUGAUGAAUGCUCUCACCUCAGAGCUUGGUGUGAUACGGUGAGUUAAUACAGUAACUAAUAAUAAAUCAGGAUUGUCUUUUCUUUAUUUCUGAAUAUGCUAAAAUUGCACAACAGGGCAAGUGUCUAGUAGAAGUGGACUGAGUUUUAAACGCCGCAAAAAGCACCAAAAGAAGCAGCAAAAAACAGUAAAUCAGCCUCCUUUAAAAAGGCGCUCUGAAAGCCCAUUUUGUUUGGUCCACUUUUUCAAUUUGUUAUUAGCAUUAGCACAAACAGCACAUCAACCAAUCACUUGGAAGCAACUCAAAGCAUUUUGGCUUCUAGAUGUGCUGAGGUUGAUUUACUCGGGUUCAAGCUCUGCAUCGGGAUGGGGGAAAAAAUGGGAUUUCUUGUGACUUUGAGAGUAGCAGGUCAUUAACUGUCCAUUUUACAGACAAUGGUCUGAAAAAGAGAAAACUUAUUGUAAGCACCUAUAAUGUACUAUGUGAAAAUGUCAGAAAUCAGAGAAGAAUGAGCAAGCAUGUUUUAGAUGACGAGUUACGGUAGUUCAGAUAACCACUUGUUACAACCAAUAAAUGAGAAAUACACUCUUGAAAAGCACAACACAGAGACCUUCUCAUUUGCCAGAAAAGACAGAGAAUCUGGUAUUUAGCCAGAACCGGAGUUUAUUCAAAACAGUGAAUGGAACCCUGGUGCAAGCAGAAACUGACGGAUCUGGCCAGGAUCUAUGACACAGUAGUUAACAGAAAUCAAUGGCUUGGCAAGGUCUGUGUUCAAGGUUCAAGUCCAGGUCCGUUUCUGUGCAGAAAACAGUAGGCAGAUGAGAUGUGCAGAUCGAGACAAAGGUCUCGAUCUGCACAGGCUCAAUAGAACUGGACAUAACAGACUGCAAAAGUUUUGGUUGCUCCAGUGAAUCUCAAUUUCAAUGGUAAGGUCAGAGCUUGGCAUAUGCCCCAUGGAUGUGGCUUUGGGUUGUUCUAAUUGUACUGGCUGGAGGUACUCUUGCGGAAGUCUUGGGAAUAUUUUUGGUAGCUUAGCACCACUUGAGCAUUAUUUCAAACAUCACAGCCUACUUGAGUAUCGUUGCUGACCGCGUCCAAUCCUUUAUGACAAAAUCAUACCCAUCUUCUUAUGGUAACUUCCAUCAGAACAAUGCACUAUGUCACAAAGCCCAAAGGAUUUUAAACUGGUUUCUUAAACAUAAUGAGUUCACUAUGUUCCAACAGCCUCCAUCUAAUAGAGAAUCUUAGAACUGUAUUGGAUUCACACCAUAUAUGCAAAGCCGACUAAUCUGUAGCCACUGCGUAACACCAUCUUGACAAUAUGGACCAAACUCUCUGAAAAAUGUUUUUCCAACACCUUGUUGAAGCUUGAAUAUGCCAGUGAGUGUAUAAAAUGACAUGUAAUCACUAUAUAAGUUUAUCAAAGUAAGUUUUAAUAAAAACACAAUAAAUGCGAAUUUAUUUUUUUAAGAAAAUUAGUGAAACCUGAAAACCAUUUUCUACUAAACAAAACAAAUAAAUAAUAUAGACUGCAUAGUGUUGAUGGUUUUGAUUUAUUUCACGACGGGAAAGAAGUUUGACAUUAAUGCUAUCUGUUUUUUCUUUAACUUUCUUUAGAACAGUUACAUAUUUUUGAUUGUUUUUCACCAAUGUUUUCCAUAAAUUAAAGUUUUACCAUUUUGUUUUUGUUUUUCUUCCUUGUUAAAAUGUUCAAUAUGGAUGUAUUCAAUGUUACGUUGUUUAAUGUUGCUGCAAAUUUCAUCACCCAUAAUAAACAUGACCUUUCUCCUC